GCGGUGGAAAAGGGCAGUUCCGUCUAGCGCUGACGUCAGGCCGUCUGCCUGCCUCAGUCCCGUAUCUCCAUAUGAAACCCAAUCUCCUUGGACUUGAAGGAGGAGGCGGAGGAGGCGGAGUGGCGGGGGAAGCCGCCGCCGGGAGUCCGUCGCUCGGUCCGGCCAGCGCAGUAACAGAGUAGUAGCUAGGCGCUUUCAGCCGGCGCUGGGGCAAGGGAAACUUACCGAGAGGCUGGAGAGAAGGGGAGCCGGGGGGAGGGAAGAAAGAGCAGCGAGGUCCUCCCCCCUGUUUGACUGUUUCUUCCCCCCACCGUUUUUUGGGUUUUGUUUUGUUUUAUAACUUAAUUUUUCCAGAAUCGUAUUUUUUUUUAAGAGAGACAAGCGCAUUGCCUUCUCUUCCCUCCUUGGGCUGGAGCAGCGGCAGCCGCAGGAUCCUCCUUUAUGUGGUGCCUCCCGGAGCCCCCCUCGCUCUUCUCCAAGUCCCCCGUUUUCCUCUCCCUCCUUUUUAAAUGUAUAACUUAAUGGGUCUCAACAGCACCGCGGCCGCCGGGCAGCCCAAUGUGUCCUGCACAUGCAACUGCAAAAGGUCUUUGUUCCAGAGCAUGGAGAUCACGGAAUUGGAGUUCGUGCAGAUAAUCAUCAUUGUGGUGGUUAUGAUGGUGAUGGUGGUGGUGAUUACGUGCCUGUUGAAUCACUAUAAGCUCUCUGCCCGCUCCUUCAUCCACCGGCACAGCCAAGGGCGGAGAAGAGAAGAGAACCUCUCUUCGGAAGGAAGUCUGUGGCCUUCAGAAAGCACAGUAUCAGGCAGUGGCCUCACAGAGCAGCAGAUCUACGCACCGCCGCGCUCAGCAGACCGCCUGACCGUGCCGUCCUUCCUCCAGAGGGACCGAUUCAACCGCUUUCAGCCCACCUACCCUUAUUUGCAGCAUGAGAUAGACCUCCCACCCACCAUCUCCCUCUCUGAUGGAGAGGAGCCACCCCCUUACCAGGGCCCAUGCACACUUCAGCUCCGGGACCCAGAGCAGCAGAUGGAACUCAACCGUGAGUCUGUCCGAGCCCCACCUAACAGAACCAUCUUUGAUAGUGACUUAAUAGACAAUUCCAUGUAUGGGGGGCCCUGCCCUCCAAGCAGUAACUCUGGCAUCAGUGCCACAUGUUACGGGAGCAACGGGAGGAUGGAAGGACCACCACCAACGUACAAUGAAGUGAUCGGGCACUAUCCCGGGUCAACAUUUUACCAACACCAGCAGAACAAUGGGACGUCCUCCAUACUGGAGAACAACAGACUUCACCAGUCACAAAUCAGUGGCCUCGAGAGCACAAUUGCAUGGAACAAAGAUAAAGAGAAGCAAAAAGGACACCCCUUUUAAAAUCCAAGAGAAGGAAACACAAACACACAUACACACACAGAAAAAGUAAAUUAAAAAACACUCUGCACUUCUUAAAAGAAAAAGCAAGAGAUGGACAGGGGGUGGGGGUGGGGGUGGGGACGAGGAUGGGAGGGGAUGAGGGAAGUAAGAGCAAAACCAACCCGUCUCCACCUCUCUGUGUAUAAAUAUUUACUUGUUAUGUCUGGUCUGAAUGCUCAAGCCAAGAAAGCUUGCAAAAACGUUUCUUUGUUAGCUGUGUCUUGAAGUCAAAAGAAAAAAAAAUUGACAGUAGUCUUUGUUUUUGUUUCUAGUUGAGCUGUGUGCGUGAAUGCUUUUUUUUUUGUUUAUGAUGAUUUCACUUAACUUUAAAGACAUAUUUGCACAAAAACAUUUGUUUAAAGAUCUGCAAUAUAUAUAUAUAAAUAUAUAUAAAAUAUGAGAAACUGUAUGUGCGGCGGCAGGAGUAUUUUUGUAUUAGAAGAGGCCUAUUAAAAAAAAAGUUUUGUUGUUUUCUGACUAGAAGAAAAAAUGGCAAUUUUUUUGAGUGCCAACUCAAAAAGUGUGUAUUAAUUACAUUGUAAAAAAAAACCUACAAAGCAGGGGUUUAGAGUUAUUUAUAUAAAUGUUGAAAUUUUGCACUAUUUUUUAAUAUAAAUAUGUCAGUGCUUGUGUUUAUGGCAGCCUCUGUCACAUCUACCACAGACCGUAGGGGAUAAAUGUUCAACAGAAUCUAAACUAGCUGAAGGGGUAGAAUAUCCAAACUUUGAAAAACAACACCCCCCCCCCCAUAAGAGCACAGUCGACGAGACUGCAUUCUAGGCAAAACAGUCAAUUCCAGGGUCCCCAAGCAUGGGCCUUGGAUGUUCCAACCUAGUAAGGCGUACUUUAGUGAUAGACAAUUACUGUUCUUUACAUUCCGUACUGAGCACGGAAAUUCUCCUCUGGGCCAGUUAUGAUCAUUGGAGUAAACAAAACUCAGAUGUUUUUGAAUUACCAAGGAAACCCAGAAAGUUAUCAGCAGUCCAAAUUACCUGUUGUGAGCUAUACCUUUUUGCAUGAUGAGAAUAAACUUCUGUUACUGAAGGAAUCUAGGUUGUUUUUUUCCCCGUUUUUUCUUCUCCAAUCAGAUUGAUGAAAGUCCCUGUUGGGAACAUUUCAAAAAGUCCACAGGAGUCACUUGCAAUAUAGCUAGGCUGCCUUUGAGAGUUUCUGAGUUUCUCUGAAGACUCGAAUGACGAUCUUUGUCAUUGUGCAAAAUGCUUUCAGAGUGAUUCAGUGGAUUCUAAAACUUCCAUGAAAGGUUAGUGCAGUCAAAAUGUUUGGGAGCUGAUUGCAUCCCUGUGAAUGGAUUCUAGCUUGAGCAACAAACAAAAAAAGACCACAGAUUGAAAAAGAAGAAGAAGAAGAAGAACCUAGGUUGGCUCCUGUGACGUUUAAGGCUUAAAAAACAAAAGGCAUGCUCGAUGCUUAAGAAGCAAAACUCUUUACCUCUUCUGAGAUGUUUUCACUAGGCAGCAUCAUCCCCCACUCCCCAGACCCUCCACCCCAACAAUCGUUUUGAUGUGUUUAUUUAUCUGUGUUACAUACGCAUUUUUGUCUUACUAUGCUAUUGUUUACAUUUUUAUAUUGUGUUGAUUAUUUCAGAUAGAUGUGAUACCCUUGUGGUGUACUUGUAUGUCAGAGAGAGAGAGUGAGUGGGAGCCAGAGGGAAAGGGAGUGUAAGAGGAAGAGAGACUGGGAAGUGGGAAGGGAGGAGCCCAGCUCCUUGCUGUCUGAUGGGCAGGUGUAACUAACCUUGCCACACUUUCCUGACUGCCGAGGACUGGACCUCCCUGAACUGGGAGGUAGCGUUAGCUGGGUGAAUCCCAAGGCUGAAGAGUUCUAUUCCCAUGGAGGUGUGUUUCAUUUUCUGCUAACUAGUAGAAUAACAUAAAUGAAAGAUAUAAAAGGCAAUAACUAUUGUUUUUAAGCAACUUUUCUAUUACUUGAAAAACUUGAGAACAGUUUUGAAGUUCUGACCAUUUGAACAAUAUUUAUAUAUAUACACACAUAUAUUAUAUAAAUAUAUAUAUAUAUUUUAAGAAGAUGAUGAAUAGACAAACUUGAAGUUUCACCACUUGGCUUGUUUGCCUGGCAACAACGCUUUACCUUUAUGAUAUUUGAAUCUGCUCCUCUAUGGUGUCUUAAGAUUCCCAGAACUUUAGUCCCAUCUACUAAAUUUUGCUUCCCUCCCUCUCUCUCUCUCUCUCUUUCUCUUUUUCUCUCUCAAAACAAAUCGCGUAGAGAAAACCAAUCCAAUUUGUUCUGAAAGGUACACGGACGCAUUUGUAGAAGUUUUAAAAAUGUAUCUUUCCUUUUAUGUGACAUGUCUAUCUAGUGCCUUAUUAAAGAAACAGUAACCCUCUCUUGCAAAGGGGGGCAAGGAAGUAAAACUCCUGUUACAAGCACCAAAGGGAACUGGCGUUUGUUCUCCUCCAUGACAAGGGCUACUGCUUCUUUAAAACCAUCCCCUUCACCCACUAGCCCCUGUGCUAUGUGCCUGGCCCUGUAAGGUGCACCCCUCUGCCACCCAUGUUCUCUGGCUGUUGGUCAGGUGCUGUGCUGCUGAAGAGCCACAGUGGAUACUGCCUAUAUGACACCAACCAAAAAGACCGACAUGGAUUCACUGUCCUCUUGAGCUAGCACGCUUGAGGAAUGGGGUUUCAUUCUGCAAUCAAAGUGGCUUCUUUGCCACGAGAUAAAAAGAAAGAAAAAUGAUUGCCUUUGCAGGUUGGUGGCAGAAAAUAGGGUGUUGCUUAUUCUCAAUAGAAGCAUCCACUAGGGCCUGGCCUGGCUGGAGGGGUCUACUCCUAGGAGCAAAGAGUGGGGGAAAAAUGUGAACAGGAAAGCAAGCUGAUCUAUAGGGAGGACACUGACCAAAAGCCAGCCCCUGUCUUUAGAAUCACCCCAGGAAGCUGGCUUCAAGGCCAUUCUCCAUCUGCCCACCCAGUGCCCUUCUGACAAAGCUCUGGUCAGGAAGCAGGGCUUGUGAGAUUACAGAGGAAAAGUUUCUAUCUUUUUUCCAGUUGAACUGAAGACAUAUGCCAUCCAAAUGCUGCUCGCACUUACUCUUGGCCUUGGUAAACAGCAGGGCAGUCAUGCAUGGGGCACUUGAAAUCAAAAUGCUAAUAGCCAAUAUCACAAUAUCCCCAGGAUAGUGCUUUGCCCACAAAUCACAGUGUGUCAUAGCUCUUGUUUCCUUUAGCAUGUCUCCAUAGAGCACUCCCCCUUCCCACCCACCCCCACCCCCAACCCUGCCCCUGACAGAGGACAGGGAACAUCCCUGUUUUGGAUCUUGGGUCCCCUUUCUUUGAAAGCAGAUAUUCCCAGACAGUUCUCAGCAGGGUCUCCCCCUCAUCCAGCAGUUGGCUAGAGAAAGAUACACUAGCUUUAAGUAAGGUGAAAAUGGGGAGGGGUCUUGUGUCUUAGACCAAAUAGGGAUGAUGGUGUCACCCUAGCCUAGUAGUGUUGAAGGUGAAUGUGACUGUUUGAUGAAGGAGGACGCUCUGGGUCAUUCCCUUGGAUGUAGAGACUGGUGAAACCCAACUAACUGCUCCUUGAUGAGUUCAAGGGCAGGUAGACACUUUCCUAACCUAGUGAACUCCUUCCUUCCAAGUCCAUCAUUGUUUUUAAGUGGAAGGAAGGAUAAUGAGUGGGUUUCCUCGGCAACCCCCUUUUGUAUGUUGGAUGGACAUAUUGAAAUUGCACUAAUCACCAUAUUUUUUUUAAUGCCCACCAUUUCCACAAAGGGUUGAAAUUGACAGAAUCCAGAUGUGUAGCAUAAACAGUGUGCUAGGCAAGAACCGAAUUCAUUUCUACUCCCUGUGAAUUGUAUAUUUCGGAGAUUUUUAUACGUGCAGCUCAGAUACAAAAAUUAAAAAAAAAAACCAAACCAAACCAUGUUUUCCAGAAACCGCGCUUCAGACUUUGCUGUACUAUAGAGCUCAGAAGGACAACAUUACAGUCCUCAAUUUGCCUGCCUUAUAAUCACAUUUCACUGUAUUAAUAUUUUCUGAAACUUCCAAUUAUGUUGCUUCAGCUAUAGGCAGACCUGUAUCCUGAGUUCUGUUCAAGGUAAACUUCUGUAAACUAUUGGCAGCACAUUCAAUGCAGUACCUGAUCUAUAUUUUGCUGUUUUAGUAUAAAUAUGUACUCUGAUGCCAAUUUACAAAAAUCUGUUGUAAACGCUUAUUGUGUAACAGUAAUCAAUAGCAGCAGUGGUGACAUUCAAAAACACUGCACUACUUAUACAAUAAAUUUUACAAUU